AUGAAUGGUGAUGGUGAUACAGUACUCUGUCAUGUGACGUGUGGCAAGUCGGUUGGGAUGGAUGUGAAGGAAGAAAAGGGAGCCAGGGGGUAUGAAUUGGGGUGGGCGUAUUCGCCGCCUCCCGACAAUCAGCGUGAAUUUGAGUUUCCCGAAGAUGGACUUUUGUUUUCUUCUCGAUUUGACAGUGGCAACCUUAUUCAAGUGGAACGUAUCGGUGCGUAUCGGUACAAUAUGUACACCUCGCCUGACUGCGGCAACUCGCCAAAACAAACGAAUAACAGGCAGUGGUUUCACUUUGCUAUUCGAGGGGGGUGCCGUGGAUGCGUCAUCACCUUCACAUUUGUGGGCAUGAUGCACAGCAAGAUGUUUACGUAUGGAUGGACGCCUGUGAUAGCGGUGUGCCCGGGAAAACCACAGUACACACGAUUACCCGGUAAAGCGACAGUGGUUUCGUUGGACGCGAUGCCGCCGACGCCGGGUUACCCCGGCUUUGUCCUAAAGCCCUGGUCAAAGAAGGCAUCGGAGACAGAAAUUGCUGCAGAUGGUGGGAAUGAAAAUGCGGAUGCGAACGGCAGCUCCGAAGGAGUCCCUGAUGUCAUAGAAGUAGCCAUGAAUACCAACAGGAAAAAAAAGAAAGAAAAUGCUGUUGCAAUGAAUCUGACGUUUGAAGUACGGCUAGAAAUUGAUGCCCCUCUCACAUCAUCUCUGUAUCCCCUUGGACACCCACAAUGCCCAGCAACGUACAUCGCCAGCAACCAUCCCUACUCCUACUCAACUCUGCAACAAAAUAUAAAAAUGUGGAAACAACAGACCGUUGGGGGAGAGAAAGUUGGAACCGUAGAGGAGUCAAAGGAUAAUGAUUUUUCCCAGUCGUGUCUUUCAUCGAUUUACUUUCAUCAUGAGAUUCUUUGUAAAUCACUGGAUGGAAGAAAUGUGGAUCUUCUCACCAUUACAGAUAGAUCUGGUAUCUGUAAUGAACGCUUUCCUUUAUGUGGUGAGGGCGAUAUGCCGUACUCUUCUGCAAGGGGCGAAACAGAACGACCUCAUCAGUUUAUUGGAAAACAAUGUGUUGUUCUUACGGCUCGAGUACAUCCAGGCGAAUGCCCAUCAAGCCACUUAAUGCAUGGUUGUAUAGAAUUUUUGCUUAAUCAAGCAGAUCCACGCGCUGCUGCUCUGCGUUCACGCUUCGUAUUUUUUCUUGUACCAAUGAUUAACCCGGAUGGGGUUGCCAGAGGACAUAGUCGCGCGGAUACCGAAGGUGCUAAUCUUAAUCGUAUGUACAAAAAUCCCUGCAAAAGACGCCAUCCUGCGCCCUAUUCUAUAUUAAGCAUGUUACGCUCCGUUACGUCCGUGAAAGGGAGGUUGGCUCUUUUUAUUGAUAUGCAUGCUCACGCAAAUAAGAGAGGGGUGUUCUUCUAUGGAAAUUCUAUGAAUGCACCGGAAUUACUUCAAAGUCUCUUGUAUGCGAAGUUGGUAUCUAUGAACACUCCAUACUUUGAGUUUCAAUCGUCCAAUUUCUCGGAGGCUAACAUGUUUGCCACCGGAAAAACAGGGGAAGGUCGCGACACCUCCAGCCGGGUGACACUGUACCAAGAAACCGGUUUGGUUCAUAGCUAUACCAUUGAAGCCUCUUAUGUGAUAGGGAACACGCUGAAUCCAAUUGUAGGCCUUUCAAGUUGCGGAGUAGAUGAGCCGGAGGUGAUUCAAGGGACAUUUUGUCCCAAAUACUCCCAGGCCGUGUUUGCGGAUAUUGGAAAAGGUCUAUUGGUGGCUUUACUUGACCUUAAGGGGUGUAAUCCCAUAAGCCGUCUUUCAAACACACAGUUUCACAGCGUGAAGGGGCUGCUUGCUGCACUGCAACGGCAAUUUCAGAUUGAAAUUGCAGAACGGUUGUUUAAAAUAGCGUUCAUGAGUGGAGGACAAGCAGCCAUUGCCCGCGACCCAGGUGCGGAUCCCGUGUAUACCGUGAUGUCGGUUUUGAGGUCCGACGAUAUUCCAGACGCAAUGACAAUAAAGGAUGGAAGAGGACUUCCAGUGACAACAAUUCGAGGACUUUUGGAGUUUGUACCGCUUGAGCAAGCCAUCCAAAUUUUGGCGCACGCGCCCCCAAUGUUUCCGCCCCGCACGCUUCUGUACGGUGCAGGGAGAAGAAUGAUGAAUCAAGUCGGUGGAGGGUUUGCUGGACGACGCUCCAUGAGCAACGCUGGUCUUGGUGUCACAGCGGUCCCUGCAGUUUCCACGACUGGGCGAAAGUCCAUCACGGGCUCGAAUUGA